AUGGAGGUCGCGACGGGGGCACUGCCGAGCCUCCUCCCCAAGCUUGCCGAUCUGCUCAUCAGCGAGUACAGCCUGCAGAAGGAGGUCAAGGGCAGCAUAAAGUUUCUCCAAACUGAGCUUGAGAGCAUGAAGGCUGCUAUUGAGGAGAUCUCAGUUGCACCAGAUGACAAGCUUAACAAAGUCGACAAGAUCUGGGCCAGGGAAGUGAGGGAGCUGUCCUACGAUAUAGAGGACAAAAUUGACACAUUCGUUGUGCGCUGCAAGGAUAGCAAGCUUGCUGAACAACAUGGCAUCAAGAAGAUCAUUAGCAGGAGCCACAAUUGGUUGACACAGCCCAAGAUCCGCCCUAAGAUUUCUACUGACAUUAGGGAGAUCAAGAGACGUGUGGAAGAGGUGUCCAAGCGGCGUGAUCGGUACAAGGUUAAUGGUGAGGUUGCUAAACCCGUCAUGGUAGAUCUUCGUUUGCUAGCUCGGUAUGAGAAGAUGACAGAGCUUGUUGGCAUUAAUGAAGCAAGAGAUGAGCUAAUUAAGUUGAUGAUGGAAGGCAAUGGAAUGUCCAAGCAGCAUGAAAAGAUACUUUCCAUCGUUGGAUUUGGAGGGCUGGGAAAGACAACUCUUGCUAAUGUGGUGUAUCAAAAUCUUAGAGCACAAUUUGAUUGCUCUGCUUUUGUUUCAGUGUCUCAAACUCCUGACAUGGAUAAAUUAUUCAAGAACUUGCUAUAUCAACUUGGCAAGAGAAAUAUUGCAGGCUUCAAUGUCAUCAAUGAGCUUAGAGAAUUCCUUGGAGAAAAGAGGUACCUCGUUGUUAUUGAUGACAUAUGGGAUAUCUCAGUUUGGAAAACAAUUAGAUAUGCUUUGCCUGAUAAUAAUCGUGGUUGUAAAAUUAUCACAACUACGCGUAUUCUGAAAGUCGCUGAAGAAGUCGGCGGUGCUUACAAGAUGAAACCUCUUUGUCUUCACAAUUCUAGAAUAUUACUGUACAGAAGAAUAUUUGGCAACAAAGAUGAAGAAAAGUGUCCUAAUGAGGAGUUAGCUGAAGUAUCCGACAGAAUACUAACCAAAUGUGCUGGGGUGCCUUUAGCAAUCAUUACUAUAGCUAGUUUGCUGGCCAGUAAAGGGACAAAUAAAUUGGACUGGUAUGAGGUGUAUAAUUCCAUUGAAGAUUAUGAAAUUGAGAAAAAGCGUUUGAUAUGGAUGUGGAUAUCAGAAGGUUUUAUCCAUUGUGGGAAACAAGAGCAAAAUGUAUUUGAAGUUGGAGAGAGUUUAUUUAAUGAGCUCGUCUCCAUCACAAAAGGUUCGAAGGUUAUGCCUCCAAAAUUACAAGGAGGGUCAUGGUACAUUUGGGGCUACAAUGAAGAUGCAUCAAGUGAGUAUAUUGGGAAGUUAGUUCACAUGAGAUGCCUAGGACUACGUUCUACAGAUAUUGUUCAGCUCCCUGAGGAAAUAGGGAACCUGCAAUUUCUAAAGGUGUUGGACAUCUCAAACAGUUGCAUUCCAGCAUUGCCGUCCAAUAUUGUUCAGCCAAGACAGUUAAAGUGCCUGUACAUUAAUGAUGCCAAUUCGAAUGAAGAAAGUUUAUGGUCAUUUGGAACUGCUAUGAAAGGGAUCAGCAGGGGUCUAACAUAUCCCUUGAAGAGCUGUCAAGGUCAUACAUCAGUACGGGUGACGAUAUAG